UCAUAUUGUGUCUAUUCUUCGUGCCUGGUAAGACAUUAGUUACAAUCUCUCUUAUUAGUCGUGCAAGGCUGGUCUGACAGUUGAUUAUUCAAUUUUCAUUUCAGUUUACAAUGUAACAUUUGAAUAUGCAACGGAUAAUCAAAAUUAAAACACAAAGUAGGCCUAUAUUAUGUAAAAGAAAAAAAAAACACAUUCUGUAAGUAAGAGAUUCUCAUCUGAUCAAGCUGAAGUGUUUGUGAGAUAUCAUCAACUUGUGAAGCCUCUUAAUGUAUCAACACAAGGCACAAAAGGGUUUUCAUGAACAAAAAGAUGUACAAGAGCAACUAACAACUACUAAAUGAAUACCAUGAAUGGACAAUAAAGUAAAAUGCACGAUUAAUAUAUAAAAAUGAUUAAGUUCAACGUUACUGUAGUUGCAUGUUUUCAAAUGGAAAUAUAAAUGAACGUGUGACGUGAUUGCUCUGAUGCUAGGGAUGUUUUCAAAAAUCCUCCUGCAUAACUUCCUUGUUUUACCCUUCUAACGGAGUGAGGGAGUUUCUUUGCCUCAAGAAAAAAAGUAAAAUAAAAUAUCAUUCUUCCUGAGUAGGGGGGCAAAUCGGCACCUUACGGAUUCAGUGUUGUUAUUGACUGAUGUUGUGUGAGGGUUACUGUGAGGGUUAUCUGCAUAGGUUAGGUUCACAGUUAGAAAAUUGUUUAAGUUUUUGUUUUAUAUGUUUCUUUGUUUUUCCUGGGCAUAAUUAACCUUUUAAACCAAAUCCACAUUAACUAAGACAUUAUGCUGAACAAAUAACACCCAUGAACUCUCAUGUGUUUGUAAAGUAUGCAGGCAUCUUUUUCUUACUUGUUUUUCCUGUUUCUGGCUCACAGACAGUGACCUGAAUUGAAACUUGUCCAUGUGGUAUAGAGAGGGGAAGUCAUCUUGCCUGUUGUCCACUACACGUCCCCUCUAUCUCCGCUGUAAUCUGCCCACUUUCAGCAUUUUUCAAAUAUUGUCAGUGGGUGGAGUCAGGCUCUGACCAGGGGUUUAGUUACCCUUUAAAGUUAAAAGAGACUACAAUUGUUCUACGUGUCUCUGGGAAUGAGUGCUCAAUAUGUGCAUCUUUGUCAUUCAAAUACACGAUGUUCGCAGUGGUUUUCCCCACGCCGGCUCCGCCCUCACCACGCCCCCAACUAUGACAAGAUGCCGACUGUAUCUAUGAGAAAACUUUUGCCACGCCCCUACCUUUUGGCACGCCCCUGUCUUUCGACACGCCCAUUGCUCCAGGCUGCAGCUACCCCUGUCUCAUUUCUUUUACUGUCUAUGGCUGGAAUGCACGGCAGGAGUGAGUCACUUUUCAGUAAGGUCAGGCGAAGGCGGAGUAUAAACAACGAAAAUAGUCCAGUGUUGUUUUUGUGUGUGUGUGUGACACGUUUAGGUGGCUCGGCGUCGAACAUCACAUCGUUGGCAAAAAUGACGCAAGCUGUUUUUUCUAUUGAUGUUUUGCACGGUUUCUGCAAAUGGGAGUUCGCUUUCACAUCCACAUAAGUUAACAGAGAAGUACAUUGUUGUUUCCUCUCAGUCCAGACUUCUUUCCGAAACCGUGGUGGGACAUUAUGUUUGGUGUUUUUCUCAAGUGUGUUUUGCUUUUGCCCGGCCUGAUGCUGAGAGGCUUACCCAUGCCUUCAUCACAUCACGGCUCGAUUAUUGCAGUUCUCUCUUUGGGAGUUUACCAGCAAGUUCUGUUAAGACACUACAAUAUAUUCAUAACUGACUUGUACAUCCUCACAUGAUCAUGUUACCACAGUAAUAUAUAUAUCUAAGCUCACUGUUAUCCCACCAGUCACUAUUGUGACCAUCAACUCAUUCUAUAACACACACUCAACAAAAGUGAAUAUAUGUGAAUUCAACUAAUAAUAGACACCUUAAAGAUAAUGUGGACCUUAAGAUCUUUGUCAUAUCUUUGUUAACAUACUUUACUAGACUUUUGUUUUGGAGCUGUGAUGCAGUCUUCAUCUUCUCGUGGUGCAAACAGGAAAUAAACUACUCUUGUUAAGUGACAUUUUGCACUAAUCAUGUGAAACUGCACAGUUUUAAUUGAGACGAUUAAGUUUAUUGCUUUCCCAUAUUUGCAGGAAAUGCAUUAAAACAUCAGUCAAAGAAUUUUAGAGCUUUAUAAAUGAAAACCUUCUUUACGGUGGGAUUAAAUGGGUUCAUAUUUAAGAUUAACAUUAGAGAAAUAAGAAGAGUAAUAAUAUUUAGUUUUGAUGGCUAAGUAUACUGUACAGUUUCGAGUAAUAUUUUAUUUAACUUUAUUACACAUUUUGAUUUGGGAAAAAUAGUCCCAACCAAAGGUUUUGACAGGAUUUCAGACAAAUAGAUACAGCCUCGGUCGUGGCUCUCUAAAAUAGAUCUGAAUGUUCUUUCACACAGAUUGAUAGUAAUACAUAAAUAUGUCUGAAAAAAAACAUUAAAAUCUAAUUCAGUAUAUCUCAGAAAUAGUCUUUAUUGUUGAUAUGAACGGGUAAAGGUCUGCUAAAUGUGUGUAAAAUCAAAGAUGCUGAUAUCUUUAAUACUUGGACAGACAAAGUGUAUUUUGUCUUAUUUUGAAUUAAUAAAUGAAAUGGUAUUGAGUCGUAAUAGAGUUAUAAAUAACACUGUUCUUUUCCAAUCUCUUUAAAUGAAUAUCAUCAGUGGUCUAUGAACAUCUGAAAGUCUGUUUAUCUGAAGAGUGAAUGUGAUUCAGUGAUGUUCUUCAUGUUACAUGCUACAUUAUAAAUCCAGACAUAUUUCUCUCAAUCUUUAUGAUCUGUAGAUAAACAUUUUCACAGCACUUUCCUGUUGUAUAAUUUUGUCCCAGACAUGAUUUAUAAUUAUUUGCUCGUUUCUUCUUCAGGUUUUUCUGGUGUUGAUUCAGAGAAAGUGUCAGUGAUGGAGGGAGAUUCAGUCACGCUACACACUGGCAUCAAAACAAAUCAAGACAGAAUAAAUUGGUUUUUUAAUGGCAGUCGCAUCGCUCGGAUCAGUGAAGAUCAGAGUAAGAUCUGUGAAGAAGCUGAGUGUCCUGAGAGAUUCAGAGACAGACUGAAGCUGGAUCAUGUGACUGGAUCUCUGACCAUCACAGACAUCACAAACACAGACUCUGGAGAAUAUACACUAGAUAUCAUCAGCCACAGGAGUGGAAAGAUCUUCAGUGUUUCUGUUCAUGAUGCUCCUGCCGCUGAUCGAGAAGAAAUGAAGUCAGUGAAGGAGGGAGAAUCUGUCACUUUAGAUCCUGGUGUCAUGAAAAACACAAAUCUUUUGAUCACGUUUCUUUUUAAUGACGUCCUCAUCGCUGAAAUCAAUGGAGAACCCAGUAAGACCUGCACAGAUGUUCAGUGUGAUAAAGGUAAUGAGAGAUUCAGAGACAGACUGAAGCUGGAUCAGACUGGAUCUCUGACCAUCACAAACACCAGAACCACAGACUCUGGAGAAUAUAAACUACAGAUCAUCAACAGCAGCAGCAGCUUCAGUAUUAGGAGGAGCAGGAGUUUCAGUGUUACUGUCACUGGUUCAGGUCUGUCUCUGUCUGUUGUAGCAGGAAUAUGUGCUGCUGUAGUUAUUCUGCUCGUGGCUGCAGCUGCUGGUGUAAUGUAUCUUAAGCAAAAGAAAGGAAGUGGGGUGGAGCCAAAUCAAGCUCAGGAGAAUCGUAUUAAAAACUCAUCCGUUAGUAAGACUGAGGCUGCUGCUAAUGGAGCGUCCUGUGAAAAGACUGAGACUGCCACUGAAAUACCACCGUAGCUUUAUUUAUUCUUUUAUUUUUCUUAAAACUUCUUCAACUGAAGAGACGAUGGUAAAUGAGAAAAUGUAGUCAAACUCACUCAAACAGUGGUCCACGUAUAUUUCCAGUUACAUAAACGUUGCCUCCAAAAAGACAGUUAAGCAGGAAACCAGCAAUAAAGAAAGAAACGAAGCAGCACAUUAGCAGCAGAAGAACAGUGAGUGCUUGAGGAUUUCAGUAUUUAGAGGUUUAUUUAAACUGCAAUAGUGACCAAGAGCAGUGAACAAAUUAUGUUUUUUGUGAUUUGCACCAUAAUGCCAUUUGCACUCAGGUACUUGAAGUUUCAGUUGUUUUGUUCCAUCUGUUUACAUCCUCUUUAACUGACUGUUUACAUGAAUACCUUGCCAAAACAGUCAUUAUGACAAGGAAAUGUAUUUGACUGCACAAGGCCUCGUACUGUAAGACACAAGUGCACUUCACAUGCUAUAGUUUCCAUUACUGCUUACAUUAUUGUGCUCUUGACAUCUCACUGCCUCGACAUAUUUGAUGUGUGAAACAAUGUGGUUGCAGAUUGUAACAGUUUGUUCAUAGUCUUAUGCUUUGGAUAAUUAUGGAAUCUCAAAAAUUAUCAGAGAUUUUAAUCUCGUCUGAAAUGUUGUAUUGAUAUUUCAUGAGGUGCUGUUUAGAUAGUCUUACUGCCAAAAGCUUGAGUUUCAUGUGAGGAUUUUCUUUUCCAUCUGUCUCUCAGUUCUGUUUAUGCAUUUUGAUCUCAGAGUACACUGGUACGAUUUGUCUCUCUAAACUACGCCUCUGUCCACACGCAGUAUUCAGAACAAGCAACAGAAAAAGAUACAUGUCAAUCAACCAGAUGUUGGUUUUUUUUUUCUUUCUUUCUUUUUUUUUUUUGAAAGCAUUAACUGUAAAGUGUAAUAUGGUAAUCAAAAUAGCAUUUUUACUCUGUGCUUUUUGGUUAUUUUAACUUUUAGUUUAGUAACUUUAACUUCUGCUUUAAAAAUAUAUUUGUUUUUAGAUUUUCAGUGUAACAAUGUAAUGUGAUUUUAACCUCUUUUUUUUUUUUGGCACAUAAUUUAUGCAUACAUGCUAACAUUCACUUUAUUUGUUUAAUCCAAAUACAAAAUACUAGGAUAUAUAGGCUACUGCAUACCGCAAACCAGCCAAAAAAUACUGAGAUCUUGAAUUUUUGCUAAUAUUGCCCAUCCCUAUACAGAAGUGUUAAUGAAAGUGUAUUUAAUUAACACACACUCAAAAAUAUUUCCAAGAUUGAUAGGUCUGGUACUGAGAGAUAUACUGUAUGUUUGGGAACUCUUUGUUCUCUUGUGAAUUUGUCUUUAGUUUGAGACUCACUGUAAAUAUGUUAACGCCCUCGAUAAGAUUUAUGCACUUCAAUUAUACCUUUUUUUUUUUAUGUAAAUGGUUUCUCCAAAUAUUUUUCUUGCCAAACUCCUCACAAAAGCCUGUUACAUAAACCAGUAAGAACUGGUUGGAACUAGACAUUGAGGUUUUAGUUUCACCAGCACUAUGUUUCAGUGUUUUUAGUGAGCUGUGUUACAUAUCUGUGUUUAAUAAAGAUCUUCUACUUUGUCAAAA